UUUGGACUUCAAAACAACAUUCACCGCCUGGAAUGAGUCCAGGUAACUCGCGAAUCUAUUCAAUUCAGCGGGCUGUUCUGGAAGUUUCCUAAUAGGUUAGCAACAGUACUUUUCUCUUUAGCCAUUUCACUUUGCCUGCUAAACGCACCAGCUAGCAAAACCAACCACAGAGAUGCACGGUACUCAGUUACUGGUUGUGGACAUGUUCAGUGUGGUGAGUUGCAAUAAAGUAAUGAGCAGGGUAGGGUUUUCGGAAGCAAUUUAUUUUUUGACGACCAAAGUAAAACGGAACAGUGACCGUCGCCCAAAGGUUAGCAGUCGACUGCUCUUCUGGGCUUAGAAGUUGUCUGAAAGACAAAAUAAAGGAACUGCGAAACUUUAUUUACAAAGGACUGACUUUUGUUGAAUUAACUUUUCCCUGUGCCGACAUGGCUGCAUAUUGCAUUUGAGUUUCGUGUGCCUCGUGCAGUUAUGGAACAACAUUGUUGUGACUGUGACACAUUGUUCAGACAUACUCUGCGACAGUGGGUGUGUGAUGCUAAUCAAGGCUUAGUCCAAAAUAGCCCAGUGUCUUGUUACCGCCUCUCUCUCUCUCUGAAGUAGGUUAUAAUGCUACUAGUCUUCGGAGGUAUUAUCGUACUCCCUCGUUCUAAUCUUUCUGUUCUGGAAAUGCGAUACCGACGAGGUUGAACUGUUCCACAACUUGUGCAAUUAUCAAUCAUUUACCGAAGACAUGCCUGUAGCGUACGUUAUGUCAUGCAUGAUGACCACCGUGUAGAGGUUUUCCAUUCUGGGACUGCUGAGGUAUAAACCCAGACUUAAACCGUGGAUGUGUCUGAGACAAGAUGGGAGCUGUAGUGUCCCGGUGGAGGGCUAAGCCCACAACUGUUGAAGUUUUAGAAGGCAUAGAUAAGGACAUCCAGGCCCUUGAGGAAUACAGAGAGAAGAACCAGAGGCAGCUGAAAACAUGGCUGAGCGGGCUACUCCUCUACUCCACCCUCCUCUACCUCAUCGCUGGCGUGGUGGUGUACGGCUGGUACCUCCCAGAGCAGACCAUUGGCAAGCUGAUAUUGGCACUGCCAUUCCUAGUCUUUCCAAUAUUAGUAUGGUUCCUAAGGAAGCUCAUCAUUGCCUUGUUUAACAAAAGAACGGAAAGAAAUGAUGAAAAAUUAGAGGACCUUAAAUCAGAAAAAAGAAAAAUACUUGAGCAGGUGAUGGAAACAGAAACCUACAAAAAUGCUAAACUCAUUUUAGAGAGGUUUGAUCCAGGGUCCAAGAAGAAAAUCGAACUGGAGAACACACCUAUUGGUCCUCCCAUGACCCCCAGGCCAGGACAAGAGCUGCGCCACAGAAUCGUCACUCCGCGUCCAGUGCCUGUGGUGGCCCCCAGCCCGGGCCCCAUCACCGCCCGCCCUCCCCCCGCUCCCGCUCCUGCAGGACCCUCGAAAACUUCCGACGCAGCCCCCCACACGGCCCCCGGGGGGCCCCCAGAGAGGAAUCUGCCUGCUAUAGUUGCCCAGCAAACCUUCAUCAGGAGACCCAUCAUGGCACCUGGAACUCCAGUGCCUGGCGUUGGAAUGCACCCCCCAGGGCCCCCCCUGGCCAGGCCCAUUCUGCCCCGAGAGAGGGGCGCCCUGGACAGGGUCAUCGAGUACUUUGUCGGGGACGGACCACAGAACAGAUAUGCCCUUAUAUGCCAGCAGUGUCUUUCGCAUAACGGCAUGGCAUUAAAAGAGGAAUUUGAAUACAUUGCCUUUCGCUGUGCCUACUGCUAUUUCUUGAACCCGGCCAGGAAGACGCGCCCACAGGCACCACGCCUGAUGGAGAUGGUGGCGGACAAGAGGAUGAGUCUUGACCCCGCUGCCGCCGCCGCCGCCGCUGCUGCUGCUGCUGCUGCUGCUGCUGCCGCCGCCGCCGCCACCCACUCCCCCGAUGCAGCCCCCGCCUCAGAAGAUACCCCCCCCUCUGCUAGCACAGAGGAGGGCGAGGCAGCUCCUGAAGGCCAGGCCCCAGAUCUGGAAGUAGAGGAGCAGCCGCAGCAGGAGGAGCAGGAGCAGGAGCAGGCUGCUGUGGAGGAGGAGUCGACCACAGAUGACACGCCCCAAGGCCCCGAGCCCACAGAGGAGGAGACCGUGCUGGAAAAAUCUGAAGGGGAGGAGGAGCAUGAUGUCUCUGCCAUGGAGGUGGAAUGAAGACUUUCACUGGCGUCAACAACAAGGAACACAAAGGAGUUUCAUAAUGCUGUGUGUUGGUUGUUUACCAUGAAUGCCUAGUCCCAAGCAUUUUUGCCUGCUAUUUUGCCCCCAUGCUGUUGUAUGUAGAGGAGUUGCGUUUGGGUUUUUUUUUUUCUCCUUUUGUUUUGAUAUAAAAAAGCUAUUUACGUUUAAUGCUGUAAGUGAUUGAGGAAUCGGUCACAAAUUCAGGAGAAUGCCAACGGAAGACUGAAAAAGGGAUUGUUUGUGUAUAUAAAUAUGCUGUGAUGUGAGGAAUGGUUUUGAUGGGGGAAAAAACAUGUAAAACGACUGAAAUAUUUUGAGUAGCCAUAUCCUCCGCUUCCAUGUUUUACACUUCUUCUGUUUUCACUAAAUGUAGCACUUUCUAAAACACCAGGCAUACACUAGCCUAAAUUUGUUCACACCCAGAAACAAUAAGCACAGUUUUAACUGCAGUCGACUGUUAGGGUUUUUUUAUGUUCGUUUAUCUUUUUUGUAAUAUGAAAUGGAAAAACUCGUCUUGCCAUGUCGGCUCUGUCAUGUUUGAAUGUACUAUUUUUGUGUGAUAGUUUUCAUUCAAUAAUGAAAUAUACAGUUUCUUAAUGUAAUAACAUAUUUAUAGUAUUUAUACAAAUUUGGUCUAUGGUACAGUGCCUUUCAAAGGAAAGUGUUAGGUUGCUUUUCAAGCAGACACCAACCACAUGUUUACAAUUGAAUUCUGGUACACUCAUAGGAAUGUUGAGGUGUAUUUAUUUCAUCUGGGGAAGGUGAACAUGAAACAGUUUUACUAAACUAUUGUGCCUUCGUACUUUACAUUUGUCAAGAUAAUGGAAGAAAUGUGAAGUAUACAUCUUCUUUCUGUAGCCAAUGUGCUGUUGAGGAGAAAAUGCCACAGAUUGUUAAUAAAGUAUUUUUUAAAAAGCUC